AUGAUUUUUAAAAGGUUCGUUAAUUUGCUCGUGUUUUUAUUCCUACUUGGUGCUGGCUUGUUGACGUUUUUUCUUAUUCUGUCCGGAGGCAGAGAAUCCGGGACGCUGGAUGGUUUCUACUGGUUACAGGCCGAUACAAGCGGCUUCAACAGCGCUCCCGCCACCACAAGAUGGUACAAUUACAACUGGUGCGGCUAUGAAGAUGGGCAGCUGGCCAAUUGCUCCAGUCGGGCCCCCGCCAAGCCUUUCUCCCCAAGAGACAACUUUGGAGACUCAUCCAACUUGCCCUCGUCGUUCAGAAAUAACCGGGACGCCUACUACUAUCUGUCCAGGGUCGGAUGGGCCAUGCUGCUGAUCGCGCUAUUCUUUAUCGUCUUGGCGCUCGUGCCCGCUUUUCUGGCUACGUUUCUUCCCUUCAAAUCAGUGCCAGUCUUGUACUGCGUGCUGUCCUGGUUGGCGUUCUUCUUCAUCAUCUUGGCUGCGUGCUUGUACACUGGCUGCUAUGUGAAGGCUAGAAAGGCCUUCCACAACGGCGGGAGGUCUGCAAAGUUGGGUGCCAAGAACUUCGCGUUCAUCUGGACUUCGGUCUUCUUGAUGCUCAUAAACGCCGUCUGGUCGACCGUAUUUAGCGCUACCCACAAGGGCCGCUCCUCUUACUCGGACCACGACAUGUACGCCCAGUACGAAAGCCCUUCUGUUGAUACCGGUGCGCAAAUGGAGAAGUCUACUUACAACAGCGGAACCACGGACGGAGUGGGCCCCGGUCCCGUCGCCGCGGCCCCCGUGAUCGGACAGCCCCAGCCUGCCACACAAGCUGGUGACGGCAAGUUUUUCCAAAAAUUGAAAACUAGGAAACAUGCACCCUCUUCUGAGAUGGAACCAGCUGGGGACGGUGGUCUUGCUGGGCCUGUGACUGUCCGCGAAUAG